AUGACAUCAACGAUCGACCCUAGCAAGGUUAUUUUUUGGCUGCAACAGCCACAUAACAAGAGUUUUUGGCACUCAGAUUUACAGGUCCGGCACACUCAGAAUGGCGUGGGUGUGUUCGCCACGCGGCCCAUCGAGCCUGGUACAGUGUUGCUCAGCGUUCCCAAAUCGUCUAUCUUAUCUGCACAUAAUUCGUGUAUAGCCAACCUUCUCUGCGACGCCCAGAUCUUCGGGAUGCACGCCUUAGUGAUUGCCUUUCUAUACGAGAAAAACGUUGGUGCAGCUAGUCCGUGGUCUGAUUACAUUAACUCCAUAAACCUUGCUGGUGCGAUGCUGCCACCCUGUAUGUGGGGCACGCACGCCAAGUCUCUAUUGGCUGGCACGGAGGCUGAUCUCAUGGGCGUUCUGGACAAUACAGAGCUUGUUGCGCAUUAUGAGCUGGCCAGACGCUUUGCGGAUCAGCAUGCACCCAUGAUACCUGCACCUGCUGAGUUGGCCGACCUUUCGAAGUUUGCGGCCGUGGUUCUGGCCGUGGCGUCUCGAGCGUUUGAGAUCGACCAUUUCCAUCUUUCGGGCCUGGUUCCUGGCGCUGAUCUUUUCAACCACCACCCUGAUGGCCAGGGGUCUGUGCAUUUUGAGGCUCUUGCAGAGGUGUGUCCUGACUGUGGCAAGCUGGACUGUGGCCACGGCAGCGAUGACUCCGACGACGAAUUCGACGAAUCUGGCGACUUUGAAGAUCCUCAGGCCACUGACUUGCUGCCAGACGCACAGGACAAAGAUAAGGAUGAAAACUCCGAAUUAUGCGAUAUUGUUAGUCACACGAGCAUUGUGCCAAACACAGAAAUAUUCAACACCUACGGUCCCUUAUCAAACGCUGAGCUGCUUGCAAGGUACGCCUUCUGUGUCGAAGAUAAUCCGUAUGACACCGUCUGUCUGGGAAAACAGGUGUCUGCACAUAGAAAACGGGUCAACCCUGCCAUCUCCAGGCGUCUCAGGUGGUGGUCGCGUCAGAGCGAGCAGCCAUGGCUUCUAGAAUGCUAUAUUAAUGCCAAUGGCACGCCGUCGCCGCAGCUGUGCUGUGUGGCCAAGCUCUUCACUGCCCCGGGCAAGACGUUGUCGCGGUCUCGGCUCAAUAGACUGACCCCUUCUGCCAGACGACUCAUUCAGCAAUGGUGUGCGCAGAGAAAAUUGCCCGACGUCCCGAUUACAGUUCAAGAUGCAACUACCGCGGCCCAUAUCCGUUGCAUCAGAGACAACGAGAACCGCAUCCUGGACAAGUGCAUUGCCAAACUAAACUAUUAA